AAAGGGAAGCAAUGCAGAAAUCAGAGUGCCAUGGAGGAGUACAUAUGAGAAACAGAAAGGCAGGUAGCUGUGAUCAAAGGACAUCGUCAAGCAUACAAAUAAAACAUAGGACUACAGUUCAAAAAAGCAACUCCUCAUCCUCAACCAGUUCUCCAGAGACUGCAAGAAAACUUCAUCCUCGACCAAGUGAUAAACUUAACCCUAAGACCAUUAACCCGUUUGGUGAACAGUCACGAGCUCCUUCUGCAUUUGCAGCCAUUUACUCUAAAGGAGGUAUUCCUUGCAGAUUGGUCCAUGGUUCAGUGAAACACAGAUUACAGUGGGAGUGUCCUCCUGAAAAUCUUCCAUUUGAUCCUCUUCUUAUUACUUUAGCUGAGGGUUUGAGAGAGACUAAACAUCCAUACACCUUUGUGUCAAAGGAGGGUUUUAGAGAAUUACUGUUGAUCCAAGGAGCUCCUGAGAAAGCUGUACCUUUGCUUCCAAGACUGAUUCCUGCGCUAAAGGCAGCUCUGGUCCACCUGGAUGAUGAAGUGUUUGCAAGAGGACUGAAUGCUCUCGUGCAGCUGAGUGUCGUUGUCGGUCCAUCUCUAAAUGACCAUCUUAAACAUCUGCUUACAAGUCUUUCCAAGAGACUGAGGGAUAAGAAAUUCAAAGAACCAAUCACUAGUGCUUUACAGAAGCUAGAGCAGCAUGGUGGAAAUGGAAGCCUUAUCAUCAUCAAAUCUAAAAUUCCAACAUAUUGCUCCAUAUGCUGUUGAAGAAGGGAGCCCACAAAAAUCUUGUUACUCCCUGGUGACAGGUGUUAAAUGCUGACCAUGGGUACCUAGGGAACCUUUUCAGAUUCACUUCCAUUUAUUCUUUUGUCAGUCACAGUCACCAUUCAUUAUUUCCUAGAUUAAGAUGAGUAUACACAGUUCCACUGAAUCAUAGUAAAAGUUAUUCAUCAACAAAAAAAAAAGAAUCGUCAAUGAUGGAAAGCUAUUAAAAUCAGUUCUAUAAUAGUACAAUUUUGUGGGGUUGGUUUUUCGUAUUUUUACAGUUUGGUGCGAACAACCAUUAUUGGGUUUAUAGUAGAUGUGUUUGUAUUUAUUUUCCAGUGCCUUUUAUUUAUAGUAUCCCUUUCACGAUCAGUUUGUACCUGUGCACUUAUUUUUAAAUGUUUUGUCAUUUCUUGGGUUUUAUAUUAAGGCAAUGGAAAUUUAAAGUAGUGGACAGACAUUUGUGAAUUCACUGUUAAUUAUUGUCUGUAAAUAUGUAUUUUAUGAUAGAGAAUACUUGGAAGAAUUUCAUACCAGAG